AUGCCUUGUCCUGGUGGCCGUCUUCGCUAUUCUCGGCGGAGGGUGACCGUAGAUGGUCGGUUUGCCGCCUCACUCUCUCGCCUCACUCUUCCCUUUUGUUUCAUCAACACCAAGGCUCAUAGCCUAGUAAUCGGUUCCCAAUUUCCUUUCACGCUCAAAUCAUCUGAAUGGCACACGUGGCUAAAGGCUCUAGGUUACACGACCCAUAUCCUAUACCUAAACCCCGGUUCUGGGUCAAAGACACAGUUACCAAGUACCGGGAUAGCUACUACACUUCUACGAUGCCCGCGGCGAAACAUACCGCCGGCUGCUUGUGGGGCCAGCGUCGUCCCAGAUUGCCGGAAGGUUUUCAAUCACUGUUGGGUCCCUGUGAAUCACAGCCCUGUACUUUUGACUGCUUCGGAUCGCCGUCUAGCCUUUCUUCGGUCCAGAACAGGAAUACACAGGGCAUGUCCCAUGUGGCGCCCACAUCCAUGUGAUUCUUCCAUGAAGCGAUCCCCGGCUGAACAGGAGCAAGGGUAA